AUGCUCUCGAAAGUCGCGAAACGAGUACGCCGACAGUCACUUCCACAACCAACGUCAGAGGCAUGGACGGAAGUGCUGGCAGAAUGUGUACAGGACGCCCCCGAUCUGCUUCGCUGGAGUGCAAUUCCAGAUACACCGUUCCCUCGAGUAGUGAUGGGAGGAUAUACGAGAUUCUACGCGAACUCAAAGCUACUAUUCCCGCCGUCACCAUCCUUUUGCCCACUCCUCUCCCAGUUCCCUGAAGGAUCGCCGUCGAAGCAGGUGCCUUCCACAGCGCCCCUAUUCUCCUCGCCUAUUGCACAGCAGCAGCGCUUAAUUGUGAUACACGAAGCGUCACGGGAGACCAUGGCUUCCACAUCCCACAGUCGUGACGUGUCCAGCUCUACCAGUAUGAGCCCCAAAUCGCUCAGGCGACGGCGACGGCAGUUACUCCGAACUCCGAGUAUUGAACGGGACUUUGCCGUUCAUGCUCAACAGUUGUUCGCUUCGAACGCGUCUGACAAUGAAACGACGUCAUUUGACUCGCCAGCAUCCCCGGGUUCUGCCCAUUCGCAUUCGUCUUCGGAUUUGCAGUCUAGUCGAUCUGAAGGCCAUCAUUUCGAGGAACCGACUACGCCUACGACAAGUGUGGAGGGUGGAGACGAAGAUGAGCUGAAUACCGUAGAAAAUGGCGAUAAAGAAAAAUGGGUUCAACCAAGACCGAAGUCAUCUCCAUCAAAAAGACCAGACAGCGAAACUUCAUAUAGCACAGCCAAAAGCGACUUUGACGACAUCUAA